AUGGUAAAGACUAUUCCAUACACACCGGGAAAGAAUUCGAGUAAUAUAUUAUUAGUAGAUGGAGUUUCACAAAUAGUUAAAUUACCAAAUGGAAUAGAUAGUAAGAAUUUACUUGGAAAUAUUACAUCACCAACGGAAUCACUUAAUUUACAGAAUAUUACAAAUCUAACAAAUGGUUCAUUAAGUAAUAUUACAGAGAAGAUUUCAAAUAGAAAUGCUACAUUAAAUAAUGAGAAUUUAGUGGUAAAUUCAAACUUUCAAUCUUUAAAAAAUUUUACUUCAGCUUUAGAAGGUAAUAAUAUCACAAAUAAUAGUUUGAACAUGAAUAGUACUUUACUAACAAACUCAACAUUAAAUAAAUUGAUUAAUGGUAAAUUUAACACAACUGAUAUUUUUAGAGGAAUUGGAAAUACCAUAAAUAAUAUUUCAAGAAGUAUUAAAGAUCAGAAUGAAAAUGAAAUUGAAAAUUUGAAUUAA